GCUCUGUUAAAUGAACUGUGUUGGUUGCACCACAAGUCUGAGGUCUUCUGAGGUCUCGGUUUCAACUAUGGCUGCGAAACGAGCUUUAGUAAUUUUGUCGAAGGGUGCAGAGGAGAUGGAAACUGUUAUACCAGUGGACGUCAUGCGUAGAGCUGGGGUCACUGUUACUGUAGCAGGAUUGACAGGGAAGGAGCCAGUUCAUUGUAGCCGUAAUGUUAUUAUCUGUCCAGAUUCAAGCCUAGAGGAAGCUUCCAAAAAGGGUCCAUAUGAUGUUGUGCUUUUACCUGGAGGAGCACUUGGUGCACAGAACCUUUCUGAGUCUCCUGCUGUGAAGGAGGUGUUGAAGGAGCAGGAGAGCAGGAAGGGGCUGAUUGCUGCCAUCUGUGCAGGGCCUACUGCGCUUUUGGCUCAUGGCAUUGCCUAUGGCAGCACCAUAACAACCCACCCAGGUGCCAAAGACAAGAUGAUGACUGGGGAUCACUACAAGUACACAGAGGCUCGCGUUCAGAAAGAUGGCCAUCUAAUCACUAGCCGGGGCCCAGGCACCAGCUUUGAAUUUGCUCUGGCAAUUGUAGAGGAGCUUAUGGGUGCUGAGGUAGUGGCACAAGUCAAAGCACCCCUGAUCCUGAAAGAUUAAUUAUAAUGCACUGCCUAAGGCCUCUUUACUGUUUCCAGUGCCAUUAAAUGGAGCAGCAAAACCUUAUCUAUAAUAAACGCUUAUGUCAGCCAUCUCUGUAUGGCAGAGAACUUGGAUUUCCCAGAAUGCAAAUAAAUAAAAGCUUUAUGAAUAAGUUUAUUUUGAUGCAUUUUGACACACAAUCAUAUAACUUCAGUUAACUUGUAUUUUGCAAUAAAACCAUGUGAAUAGUCUUGGGACAUCAGUGAAGUAACCUUACAGAUCAUGAUAAAGUGACAUUGUAUUUAUGGCCUUACAUAAUAAAAAUCUGCAACGUGGCUGCAA